UGUUACGCUUAUGGUUACUCCUGUCUUUUUUUUUAGUUUAUUUGAUUGAGGUUUACAUUAUUGACAGUCACUCUGGAACCUUGCAUUUGCACUUAAAAACCAAACUAAUAUCGGCUACCCAUAAAUAAAACAAAGUGGAUUUUUUAAACUUAUUUCAACGGACGAAGAUUAGCCAGCACUUUUCAAUUCUAGCCAGCACAACUAUUCAGUUGUUGAGAGCCUGACUCGGUGACAACCUCAGUGGCUUUAUAUUCUACUACAGACUAGCAACAUUAAAGUAAAAAAUGUACUUUUAAAACGAAGACAUCUUUAUUUCAACCAGAUGAUUAUAAAAGAUUUAAGGGAUAUUUGGCGGCAUCUUCACUCGAAUCAAAACGUCCACCAUCUUGAAGUCUUCCUGGUUUGCUGUUUAAACGUCAUGGCGCCAAACAGACUGCCAGAUGGUUCACUUUUUGCAUCAGUGUCAGCAGCUGAGCGCCUUGGUCCUAUAGCGAAAUGAGCUCAACUGAGUGAACCCUCUUCUCAGACAUCCAAUCAUUUUGUCUCUGUGGGUGGAGGCGAGGUCUGGGCCGCAGGCAUACACACACGAAGAAGUUUAGUAACGUACUCAUAAGGUACUGAGGGACAUCAAGCAGAAGAGUGGCUGACUCCUCAGGUUUAUUGCAGCAUCAAACCUCUCCUUAUCAUUUAGGCAUUUAAUUAUCUUGUUUUCAUUCAGCUGCACCCGGAGGCUCUGCCUGGAGCACUGCCAGCCCCACCAGAACUCUGCUCUUCCCACAUGAUGAGACCACCUCACACUGGACCUGAAGGCAGGCUCUAGGUGUGUGAGACGGACCUGCUGAGUGCAGGAGGUCUGGGACCCCAUCGCCACUUCCUCCAGACGGAGAACAGAGGAUCCAGUCAGCUGAAGCCCGGAUGGGACAAUAAUAAUGAGCUGUCCAGCCGCCAGCGCCACCUCAUUUCAGGGGGACAUGGCAAACGGAGGCGACCAGUUUGGCCUCGCUGAGCGUCCAGACUCAAACUGCAUGGAUUCUCCCAAGGAGAGCAAACAAGAAAGUCCCAGCACUUACCAUUUUAAAUCCUCUGCUUCACCACUGACACCCUCCAGUCAGCCGGGGAUGGAAGGAAUCAAAGUGUACCUUCAUGACAGGGAGCUUUGGACAAGGUUUGAUGAAGUGGGAACUGAAAUGAUUAUCACCAAGGCUGGACGGAGAAUGUUUCCCAGUUACAAGGUGAAGGUUACAGGACUCAACCCCAAAACCAAAUACAUCCUAUUAAUGGACAUUGUUCCCAGCGACGACCACCGCUACAAGUUUGCAGACAACAAAUGGUCUGUAACGGGGAAGGCCGAACCAGCGAUGCCGGGCAGGCUUUACGUCCAUCCGGACUCUCCUGCGACGGGGGCCCACUGGAGCCGCCAGCUGGUGUCCUUCCAGAAACUCAAACUCACCAACAACCACCUGGACCCAUUUGGACAUAUAAUACUCAACUCCAUGCACAAAUACCAGCCUCGCCUCCAUAUUGUCAAGGCGGACGAGAACAAUGGUUUCGGCUCCAAAAAUACAGCCUUCUGCACCCAUGUCUUCUCUGAGACCGCCUUCAUCGCUGUCACCUCCUACCAGAACCAUAAGAUUACCCAGUUAAAGAUAGAGAACAAUCCCUUUGCAAAGGGCUUCAGAGGCAGUGAUGACAACGAGCUGCACCGCAUAGCCAAACUGCAAGGUAAGGAUUACCCCGUGGUCCCUCGCAGCACUGGCCGCCAGAGAUCAUGCCCCACCGGGAGUCCCUUCAGUGGGGAGAUCCAGCGUCUGAGGGGCUCACCCGACACGUCCGGAUCGCCCUACUGCUGUGAGAACGGCCUUAGCAGCAGCAGCAGCCCUCAGACCCUGCUUGGUGCUUCGCCCACUCAAUACGCCUUGUCUCAUCCUCAGCAUGUCCAGCAGCCUCAGCUUUACCACUGCACCAAGAGGAAAGCGGAUGACAACUGCUCUUCGGGAACCCGCCAGUUCAAGAGAGGGUUCCCUGGUAGCUCACCGGGCCCUGGCGAGUCCUACUAUCACGCCUCCUCCUUCGCCCCCUCGCCCCUGCUGCUCACCGACGCCCCCUACAGCUCGGAGAUGAGCCAGCGCCAGGCGUGCAUGUUUGCGGGCUCCGAGGGCCGAGUCGACGAGCGCGGCUGUGCGUCCUGGUCGUACGGCGCCAUGACUCCUGUGGAGCCCUACCCGCCGUACGCCCCCUACAGCUCCAGUCCGCAGGGCUCUCGACUCAGCGCCGUAGCCCACCACGGCUCUCCGCCGCUGGGGGAGCCUGUUUCUCACGCCCUCUACCAGAGCCAGAGCGCCGGGAACGCUCACAGCAGGCAACUCAGCCCGCCUCUUCACAGAGAGUAUCCUCGUUUCGCCCCCAACCUGUCCCCCCCGCGCUAUCACUCAUUAGAGACGCACAUCCGGUGCGGCGUUCCCGAAUGGAGCGCCGCCUCCUAAAAGACGCUGCACUCCGCAGGGACUAACUCCAUCACCUUUGUGUCAUCCUGUGCCGUGCCAAUUGGUCCAAAGUGUCCCUCCCGUGUGCCGCAUGGAGCGGCGCUUCAUUAAAAACUUGGACUUCCAAAUUUGAGCAGCACAAGGAACAUCAAAGUUGUGUUUUAUUCUCUUUCUGUAACCCAAAGACUGAUGUCAACCAAAUGUUUUGCACUGUGAGACCCGUUUCAGACCAAACACUGAACAGAACCAGGCUGUUUUUUUCCCCCUCCACUUUGCGUCAUUGUCAAAGAUGUAAAUUGUGACCCACCGUCAGACUUUUAUGGACCACAAUAAUCUCACAGCAAAAGCCCCUACGGGGAGUAUUUUUUUAUUUAUUUUUUAAUCUUUAGUGGAGCAAAGCACAUCCAUGACGCAGAAAAGGCAUAAGUUUGUGUGUGUGCGUGCUUGUGUGUGUGUGUUCUUGUAUUUUUACCCUUCUGGAGACAUCAACAAGGAAAAAAGAAUAUAGAGAAUGUCUCAUUUGCACCCCUUUUGGUGAAAUCUAUCAACAUUAAGGAUUUUUCAAAUUGACUUUGUGUUGGUAUUAAAAGUGCUCCCCAUCUGGCCAACAUAUGUAAUAACAAGUGUGUCUAAGAAAUUGAAAUGCGCCCCCUUUGGCCAAAAUUAAUUUAAAAAAAUAAAAAUAAAUAUAUAAAGUAGGGAUGUCCGAUAAUGGCUUUUUGCCGAUAUCCCGAUAUUGACCAAACCCUUAAUUACUGAUACCGAUAUCAACUGAUACCGAUGUAUACAGUCGUGGAAUUAACACAUUAUUAUGCCUAAUUUGGACAACCAGGUAUGGUGAAGAUAAGGUCCUUUUUAAAAAAUAAAAAAUAAAUAAAAUAAGAUGAAUAAAUGUAAAACAUUUUCUUGAAUAAAAAAGAAAGUAAAACAAUAUAAAAACAGUUACAUAGAAACGAGUAAUUAAUGAAAAUGAGUCAAAUUAACUGUUAAAGGUUAGUACUAUUAGUGGACCAGCAGCACGCACAAUCAUGUGUGCUUACGGACUGUAUCCCUUGCAGACUGUAUUGAUAUAUAUUGAUAUAUAAUGUAGGAACCAGAAUAUUAAUAACAGAAAGAAACAACACUUUUGUGUGAAUGAGUGUAAAUGGGGGAGGGAGGUUUUUUGGGUUGGUGUACUAAUUUAAGUAUAUCUCGUGUUUUUUAUGUUGAUUUAAUAAAAAAUAAAUACAAUUAAAAUAAACCGAUACCGAUAAUAAAAAACCGAUACCAAUCAUUUCCGAUAUUACAUUUUAAAGCAUUUAUCGGCCGAUAUCGGCAGGCCGAUAUUAUCGGACAUCGCUAAUAUAAAGACAUACUGUAAUAACUUGAAGUAAAUAGUGAAGAUUAAAAAACAAUUACAAACCAAAAAUGUUUUUAAAAAAUAACUAAAAGCUUACCUUUUUUAUAUGUGCAUAAUAUGUAUAUAUUAUUAAUGUUGUAAAUACAAAUCUCUAAAUAUCUAGAAAAGGUGGUCCUAAAGAGGUAGGCAUUUUUUGAAGGUCUCAAGAAAGUAACAAAUACAAGAAUCUGUGUGUGUGUGUGUGUUCUCGUAUUUCAAUCCUUCUUGAGACAUUAACAUGGAAAAGUACCUUCCAUAUGAGGACCGGUGAACCAGUUAGGACUGAAAUCAUGGUCCCAAUACGGAAAACCAUUGCAUCUAAUAGAGAAUGUCUCAUUUGCACCCCUGGUGGUGAAAUCUAUCAAAAUUAAGGUGGUCCCAAAAGGGAGGGAUUUUUCAAAUUGACUGUGUGUUGGUAUUAAAAGUGCUCCCCCUCUGGCCAACAUAUGUAAUUACAAGUGUGUGUAAGAAAUUUAAAUGCACCCCCUUUGGCCAAAAUUAAUUUAAAAAAAUAAAUAAAUAUGUAUAUAGAGACAUACUGUAAUAACUUGAAGUAAAUAAUGAAAAUUAAAAACCAAUUACAAACAAAACAUUCAGAAAAAAACAACAACUAAAAGCUUACCUUUUUUAUAUUUGCAUAGUAUGUAUAUAUCAUUAAUGUUGUAAAUAAAAAUCUUUACAUAUCUAGAAAGGGUUGUCCUAGAGAGGUAGGCAUUAUUCGGAGGUCUCAAGAAGGUAACAAAUACAAGGAUGUGUGUGUGUGUGUGUGUGUGUGUGUGCGUGUGUGUGUGUGUGUGUGAGUGUGUGUGUGUGUGUGUGUGUGUGUGUGUGUGGCCAUGUAAAGGCUGUGUCAGCUCGACUCAAGACCGCUCUGAGCUCAUUUGCAAUGAGACAAGCAGAAGUAGCUGCAGGCACCAGCGAGAUAAACACUUUGUUUAGAUCGUGCUACAGGCUGAGGGACCUGUAAAUACACUUCCCACUGCAUUCUGGGUAAAUGCACAUCUCAACAUCACGCAUCUGUCACCGGUGUCCUCUCCGUCACCCCCCACUAGCCAACCAAUCAUCUUGAGGGCCGACUCCGCCCUCGUCCAACAUAGCUGACCAGUCCGAGAGCUAAAGCGCGGUGAGUUUUCAUGACAUGUUUUUUGUUUUUGUUUUUCUGUGUUGACCUUUGACCUGUGAGAGUUGCAACACAGUGCUGUAAAUGAGAUAUUUGAUCCACUCAGGUUAAUAUAAGUUUAUUAUCAUUAGUCUGUUAUUAGGCACCCUAAUUGGCCCCUGUUAUUUGCACAUAAUAGUUCAUAGAGGAAAGUCAUUUCCUGUCACAUCUGGAUAGUAUUACUUCCUGCCGCCCGUUAAAAGGACAAACCGUGGCUCUGUGGAAUAUCGAAGCAAGUUGAGAUUUUUAUUUUUUUGUAGCCAUUUUCUAACAUUUCCACCCUGGUUUUAUAUGCAGUAACAUGAGAAGGUGCUCAGUUUGCAGAGAGCAAACCCUCAUCAUUCCUUAAUGUGUCUGUGUGCGUGUGUGCGUGUGUGCGUGUGUGUGCGUGUGUGCGUGUGUGUGUGUGUGAGAUGGUGCGAAAGUUUUUUUUGUGUGUGUGUUUUAUAGUAUUUAUUACUCUUGAUUUGUUGUCACUCUUGUGAAACAAGAUGCUGUUGUGUUGAGAUAUGUCCUCAAAAUUGGGUCCACCCUCUAUUUCCACAUGGUGUUAAAUAGCUGUGGUAAAAUUGUAUGUUGAAUUGGA